AUGUUUAAAAAGCUGCAAAUAAAUAUUCCAUUCGUUCAAGCUUUAGAAAAUAUGUUGAGUUAUGCAAAGUUUAUGAAGAGCUUGCUUUUAAGAAAGCACAAGCUUAAAGAAGAAAUGGAAAUGGUAGCUUUAGCAGUAGAAUGCAGUGCUAUCAUUCAAAAGAAAAUACCACCAAAGCUUAAAGAUCCUGGUAGUUUCAGCAUAUCUUGCACUAUUGGGAAUGUUCAUGUGGGUAAAGCACUUUGUUACCUAGGGGCGAGCAUCAAUUUGAUGCCACUUUCUUUUGCUAAAUCUUUGGGAAUCACUGAACUGAAAUCUACACUUCUGUUGCUGCAACUUGCAAACAGAUCUAUCAAGAAAUCUGAAGGUGUGGUUGAAGAUGUGUGGGUAAAAGUAAAUGAUUACAUUUUCCCUGCAGAUUUUGUGGUUUUAGAAAUGGAAGCAGAUAAUGAAGUACCUUAUCUUUUAGGAAGACCUUUCUUAGCCACAACUAGAGUCUUAAUUGAUGUCUAG